CUUGCGGACGGCCACCUCCAACGAACGAAUCCUCUUCAUCCAUUCUUUCCUGCGAAUAGUUGCCCACCACCACCACCACCAAUCCCGAAAAAGAAGCUCCCGGGUUGGGAGAUGUCAGUUUCAUCAUAGCACAAUUCUGACAACAUCCCCACUCUUUUUCUUCUCUUCUAAUCCCUCGGGUCGACGUUCCUGCCUUACUCUUCACUCCACUUGUACGGCACCGUGUUCUGUCCCUGUUCCAUUUGGCUUCCAGGAAACAACCAUAGCCAUUCCCAUACCCAUACACCCAUACCCAUACAGGCGCGGCAGGAAAAGGGAAGGAACAACAAUCCAGUUCAGCCCCCCGCCCCCGUGUGUCAAUCCAGCACCUACCUGCCUUUUUUAUUCUUUCUUUGCCAAUACCUCACUUAACGUCCGCGUUUCCGAGUCUCCAGCAACCCGACCUGCAUCUGAGCUGGACCGCAUCUGCAGACUCGUUGUGUCCAUUCUCCGCCCGUUUCAAGCGCCUUGCUGAGUGAGAUUUUACGACCAUUCGUCCACCCACUCCCGUCGCUCCUUCCUUCUUUGCCACCAACUCACCGAUCUACUACCAGCUACACACAAUACCACCCUCCCGUUACGACCCAACCACGCGCUCUUCUCCAACGCAUGUCCGACCCUUCAUAAUGAUAUCGCUCGCCUUGCAGCUCAGCUUGUUCCGUUGCGAAAGUCCAUUGGCUUAAACUUCUCGGCUUGCGUCCACCAAUUGACCCACGGUCUUGGCCAACCCACAGCCGAACCAGCAACAGCUAGAGGGAAACCCUGAAACGCUGCAUUCGACCCAACCCUUCCCGUCCGCGACGACGAUCGAACAGGAAAGGGGGGAAACCUCCAUUCGCCAUCCAACCCUCUUUUCGCCGGUCGGCGACAACCCAUCAUGGUCGAACGUAUGGAACGACCAGAGAGGCCCUCGGGGCCCCUCAUGCCUCGCGGCCUUCCCGAGAAUCCCGCCCAAGGUCGACGACAACUCCAGAAGGAUGUCGCGCUCGGCAACAUUCCUCCGCCUCCGCCUCUCCCGCCGAUGCCCAAAGACCUCCGAAACCUCUCGACAGGGGCUACCCUCUCGGCUUCCGCGCCCAUGACCUCGGCACAGGUCAUUGCUCUUGCUCGCGACGCUAUGCAGAGCGCGCUCUACGAGAACGAGUCGCAGGCUGCCGAGGCGAGUGCCGUGAGCAACGAAUUGAAGCCUGGCGUCACCAUUGAUCUGAGUCGCAAGGGCAUCCAGAAACUCCCCGACGAGGUUGUUGAUAUUAUCAAGAACGAGCUGGAACGCCUUGCCCUUUCGCACAACCAAGUCAACUCCUUCCCGACUCGCUUCUCCGAAUGCACAUCCCUCCGCUACUUGAACGUCAGAAAUAACCAGAUUCGAGAGUUUCCGUUGCCGCUCUGUGAUCUCAAGUCACUCGAGAUCCUCGACCUGAGCAAGAACAAGUUGCGCGUCUUGCCACCUGAUAUUGUCAAGCUUGCCUCCUUGAAGGUCUUCUCCGUCCAGAAGAACCGUAUCGAGGAGCUACCGGUUGCCUUGGCCGACAUGGUUUCAUUGCAGGUGCUCAAGUUCGACGGCAACCCCAUCACAUUCCCACCGCGAGAAGUCUUGCAGGUGCAGGCAAGCAGUCCCCCCAACGAAGGCUACUUGAAAGAAAGCGAGGUCACAGAGGUGGCCGUCACUGCGCAUAUCAAGCGCUUCCUAAGACAGCACACUAUGAAUGGCCGUGCAGAGUCGGAUACGGCUGGCGAGGAAUCUAGUGAAGGCAUGGAAACUCCUCGCAUGCCCCCGAUCAAACGUGUUGUCAGCGGUCGCUUUCCGAUCAAAGUCAACGGCACUGAUGUUCCCGACCUUCGAUCCCCAAAUCUGAUCCGACCUCCUCCCAUCCCGAAUCGGUCUCACUACCGAGGACUGUCUCAGCAAAACACGGCUAUCCGUCGACCGGGUGUCAUGCCAUUGACUAUAGGAAACGUCAACGAGCGCCUUCGAAGCAAUUCAGAGACGCUGCUACAGGCAUCCCGAGGAGACCGCCCCGAAUCCCGAGCGAGACGCAUGGGUAUCGUGUCUCAGAAGGCUACCCAGCUAGGCACCUUGGACGAGACACAGGCCAACAACCGCUUCAGUCACUACAGGGGCCUGAGCCAUGGUUCGGCCAUGCAGCCGCCGCCGGCCAGCAUGUCGGUGAAGAGUCCCAAUAGCCCGGCCGAGCCCUUUCUCCAGCGUCCGAUUUACGUUCGACGGCUUUCCGUGCUGCCUGAGCGAAGACGCGAGUCCAAGUUCUACGAUCCCAUCCUGGAGGCUGCUAAGGGCAUCCUCUAUGCCGUCUUUCAGAUUCACCCCAUGAUUCAGAUGCUAAUGAGCCUGACGAGCGACGGUUCCUCAAAGAGAUCCAGCCUUGAGAUCGUUUUCUACAACACCAACUCGCAUGUAGAGGAGUUGGAGCAGGAGAUCCAGAAGCACGAUCCUGCCGCCGAGGGAGACGAGACGGCUGGUCGCGAGAACGAGAAUGUUCACCGAGCCUGUCAGACUCUGGUCGGCGCCUACACUCACGUCUGCACUUUGCUGGCAGGCAAUAUCGACUCCUUCAUCGACAACGGGGACCCGCGUUACAUUCGCACCCUGCUGAUGCUCAUCUACAAUAGUAUCAUGGAGAUCAGAUGCACAUUGGCUGCGGUCUCGCCUGACGCUGGCCCACCGAAGCCCACGCCGCGGGCCAUGGCAUUGGGCGACACGAUCAAGCCGCAUUCGCGUGAAAACUCCAUUACGCCUACAGCUGAGCGGCUCGGACUGGCCCAGCGGCCUCGGCCCGGCCCGAUUCUUCACAAUCCGAGUAAUCUCAGAGUUGCGACGGACGUGCCCCUUCCAUAUUUGAAUGGAAUGAACGCUAUGCACGGCAUGCAUGGGAUGAACGGUGUCGCAGCUAGUCGCACGGCGACGCUUGCUUCGGCCACGCCUCGAUCCGGAGAGUCUUUCGCCUCGGCUUCGUCGGGCGGACGUGGCAUAUCUGACUUCACAGAGGAGGACAGAUACUUUGAGAAGAUCUUCCUUUCACUUCAGCGAUCGUCCGAGCUCGUCAUGAGGACUUUGCCCAUGUUCCAGAACCACAUGUCGGUCCUCGCGAAGAAGGCUAUGGGACGUCGCGCUCCGGAUCACGAAAUGAUGUGCUGGAAGGGGCUCAUAUCCAAGUGCAGUACCGCGGUGCAGCAAACUGAAAUGCUCCGCAGCCGUCUUUCGUUGGUCAAGCUCAAGGAGCCUGGAAUUAUGAGUCAACCGGCGUUCAGAAGCUUGAUCAGCAACUUCAUUGACUCGUGGGCGGAGUUUGGCUAUCAGAUCCGCUCUGCAUUCAAUGAAGUCAGCCUUCCGCCCGAUACGAGGGUCAGACUUCGCCCUAUCCAGCAGGCUAUGAAGGAAGCGAGAGACACCAUCAUUCAAUCGCCCUGGAGCUAUCUCUUGCGACAGUCAUUAAACCCCAACACCUUCAGCCCCAAUGGCGGUCCGGGCUUGGCACCCAUCCAACUGCCGAUGACGCCCCAAAGCGCAGCUCUGGGACCCGCUGUUCAGGCGACAGUUCCAUCCACUCCUCAAAGUGCUUCCUUUGCGGCAGCAUUCAACGGCAACGUCUUCGAGCGGGCCGAUGCCCUUAUCAACAUGGGCGGCCUCUCAAUGUCUCGAAACGGUACGAUGACAAACAGCUCGGCCGCUAGUUUCACCAUGUCUUCCAUGUCAUCAUUCUCAUCGGACGGAGGGGCCAUGACGCCUUCAUCAGUCCUAAGCCCCAACGGCUUUGGCCCUGGUCCAGUGCCGCUGCGACUCAAUGGUAGCAAAGUUGCCUUCUAGUCGAAGCACAUAGCUACACCUUGGAUUCGACGAACAUUAUUGGGCAAGAAGUAUGGGGUAGGCACGAAAUAAACCCCUUUUUGUGUUUUGUCCCCUUCUUUCUUCAGCAGUCUAUAUGACCAGCAUACACAUUUUGUCAAGUUCUUUGUUCCUUCAUUCACACAUAGCAUAGGCGUCAAGGUCAGACUUAAUUAGGGGCUGAAACUAUACACUCAUUGAGCAAGCAGGAUCCCGGCUGGGCCGCUGGGUUGGGGAACGCAUGUACUGUUAUACUUACGAAGAGAAGCCAAGCUGAUGCUGUUUCCAUGCAUACCAGACGUGGCAAGAUGCGGCAGGUUUGGUGAAUAGGCCACAACGAGUUCAUGUGCUAUGCUUACGCAUCCACCGUUACAGUUGACUGUAUACUAGGUUUUCUCCUUUAGCAAAUGGGCAAAUAUCACAGACAGUGUGAUGUUUUA